CCUUUGCUUUUUACUACUUCGAUUUUCCAUUUCUCAUGUGAUUUCGGUCUCACGUUUCUUCACAAAACUCUAACAAGCAAUGGGAAUUAUGAGCAGAACCAGUUCCUUAACCUUCUCAAUUAUUGUCUUGCUACUGACCUCUACUGAAGGCCUUAGGCCUUAUCAUUUUGCCCACCAUAGCAAAGGCACUCACAAGGGUGAGCAAAGCCAUAUGCACAUUAAGGAAGGGGAAAUAGGAAUGGAGCUAUACCCGACGGGGUCAAGCCUGCCGGAUUGUUCCCAUGCAUGUGGUCCUUGCACGCCUUGCCGGAGGGUAAUGGUCAGCUUCACAAAGUGCGCAGUUGAGUCCUGCCCAAUCGUCUAUCGCUGCAUGUGCAAAGGAAGAUAUUACCAUGUCCCAUCCAAUUGACAUAUCAAUAUAUAUACCUUGAAACCAAGAACACCGGAUCAAUGUUGUUUGAUCUUUCUGUUAUAUGGACAGCUGAUGGAGUUGCUGCUUUUUGUUGGGUUAAACUAUUAGCAAUUGUGGCAGCAUGUAGUAAUUAGUGUAAUAGAGUUGUAGGCAGGUGAAGAUUUGCAGAAAAAAGAAUUAAGUGAUGCAGAGAUGUAAAUACCAGCUGAGAUGGUCCAGUUUUGGUCUUCUACUCCUUUUUUUUAUCUUUCUCGGCAUUUUGCCAAGUUUAGGCAGCUGAAUCAUGUCUGUUUUUGUU